AUGUCGACAUUCCCGUGUCUCGAUUUCGAUUUGAAGACGCCCGCUUGCGUAGAAUGGAGAUUAGACGACGUGACGCAGUACUUGGUCGACCCUGAUCCGCAAAGAGGUCGCCUGAUGCUCGAGAGCCGCUUUUCCCACGAGGCAUCAUCGGCGUCCUUUCAGCUGCAUUGUCCCAUUAGAGUGAAAGGCAUUGAAUCUCAAUCUCACAUCAUUGGUUUAAUCCACACACAUUCCAUCACCUUGUUCAGCUAUGAUGAGAAUCCAGAAGUUCCCGAUAUAGUGCGAAAGAAACUCAAUUGUAGGGCUGUUCGACUUCAUUUCGAUCUCCGUCAACCUCUUGACCUUAUCGUUUCAACUGCAGCAACUGAACCCGUGCAACCAAGGAAGCGGCUAUCUGGCCAAGUUUUCGAUUCUCUACGUUCACUAGCCAAGGCGACAGCUCUGGAUGUUUAUAUCUCAGCACGAGAGGUUUCUCAAGCCAAGUUGUCCGCUGUCUGCGAAGCCGUCGCUCAAAACAUUCUUCAACCACUUGAGUCCGAUAUCCCAACUGCUUUGAGCUCACUCUAUGGCGGUAGCGGGGGCAAGGUUAUUAGCCUUUCUUCGUCUUCACAUAGCUCGUCCGCACCACCAAAUGAUGAGCCGCCAUCAUACGCCGAACUGGGACCACCUCCUCCCCCCGAUCUCAAAGCAUCAUCACAACCCAAAUCCCAGCCCCUGCUGUCCGUCGGUCCAAUUACCGAAGGAAGCGACAAGAAGAGACGGCGACUGGACGAUUCAAGUACUUCACCUGGAAUUGACAAUUAUCACGAUGUAUGGGCUACAUUAUCUGAUAUGCGCAAGGAGAUGCAUAGACUAGCGAAUCGAGUCGAACAGCUUGAGAGAGAGAACAAGGAGCUCAAAGAGGAACUUGACGACCUGCGUGCAAGCUGUGAGAAAGCCACUGAUGCUAUAGAUGCUGAUGGGGCGGCUCUGCUUGAAGUGCAUGAGGAUCUGAACGAGUUGAGAGUGCACGUUGAUUUCCUCUCUCAUGGUGGAUUGGACAGUGAUGCUGAAGAACACAUUGUUGAAACCGUUAAAAACUCUGUACUCACGCAUAUUCUAGAGAGGGGUUACAAUACGAAGAUUACCAUUGAAAAGAGCUAG